AUGACUUGCUCCUAGCAAGCAUGCUGUUUGUGACCCCUCCACAGAUAAUCUCGCUACAAGCUGCCUCUAAUCCUCUGAAUGAGUGCAUCGAUUUCAUCGUACAGGAGACACUCGAUUCUCAACCCUCUCGGCUAGUAGUUUCCCACAAUUGCGAUUCACAAUUGGUAGAUGCAAUAAUGUUGCUGCGAUACGCAGCCCAUUAUCAAGCCGGCAUUAACGGGGAUCAACUGAUUGCCCAAUCACUUAUUUCCCUUCGAAGCAGCCUCGAGGCACUAGCUAUCCUCGACUCAGGCUUGCUCAAAGCGCGGUACAUGAAGCUUGCGUUCACUCAAGCUGUCUUUUUGAUUGCAUCGAUAGGUUGAAUCUGGAUCUGAAACUGUACCUGGAAGAGCUUUUCCGCGUGUUCUUUACAAAAGCGAACAUGAAAGCAAAGGAAAGUUGGUGGUUAUCAACAUUCUACAGUUUCUGCAUCCAGGCUACUGUUCGGCGCGUAUUGUUACAGCUUCAAAACUCUCCUAGAAGUGAGCUCGCAGCCAAGCAAUAUCUUCAGCUCGCUGUAAGACUUUUCGCAACAAUCUCGGCCAACUAUGAUCCUUUGAUGCGCGAUUAUGCGUCUUUUAAUCCAGACACCAGCGCGAAGGGAUCCAGGGUGUCAGACUUCCGUGAUGCACAACUGGUCAUUCAGCAGUCGUCUUGGGCUUCCAAAGGGAUUGACUGCUCGGCAAUUUAUCUCAUGCAGCUAUUUGAUGAUGACUGGAGUGAACUUGCUGCGGAUGACAUAGUUCCGAUUUACGAUGAACCGAUACCAGUCCCAGAGCUAUCUUCCCCCUUUGCUGACCCUUGUGUGGACCUUGAUUCCCUAGGAGCAUCAAACUGGGCACAGGACUUCGGACUCUACCAAUCGUUCAGCCCGAAACCUUACCGCCCGUCAUCUCUCUCGUCGAUGGAGUCCGUGGACAAUUUUACGAGGAUCACAUUCUCGCUACCUGCAGCUGACACCAAGAAUCAUAUUCCACAGGAACGGACCCUUCAUACCUGUGACUACCAUCUAUGUACUGUACCAUCAUUCCCAACUCUAGCGGGUCUCAAAUCCCAUUUGAGAGAUCAUGCCGAAAAUGUGGUGCGCCAGUGGAAGGAGAAACAACCUUCUCGUUGUCUUUGGGCUAGAAACUGCAAAUCUAAAGCGAUAUUCAAGACCGAACGGAUAUUUAGAACGCACUUGGAGAACGUGCACAUUUCUCCAAUUCUCUGUACUGUGAAAGAUUGCCAACACCGGAAGCCAUUCAGAAGCAGAUACGACCUCGAACGGCACAUUACAGUUUUCCACAAAGAAGCGUCGGCUUCGUAUUUGUAUUGUCCAUGUACUAAGUGUGACCAGAGUCCUAUAGCCUUUAUUAGGAAAGACAAAUGGUUAUUACAUAUACAGACGUGCCACGAAGACACGGAAUGUCCUUUCGAUGACUGCCCUGGUGGGAUAAAUGGCGAUGUUUGUCUCACUCACAGCGAUGUGGUUACGCACAUUCGAAAGGAUCACUGGAAUGACGGGAAGAAGCAAGCCUUUACAUAAAUAUUGUGUUGUUGGUCCAGGUCCAGGUAUUUACCAUGCUCAAUCGUUUAAUUAUUACUGCAUCGGAAGUUCGAGUGACUUUUCUACUAUACGAUCGCUCUAUUCUGAUAGAGGUA